AUGAUGAACGAGCAUGGUCUCCCACGCCCGACACCCGAGCACAUGACCGUUGUAGCAGAGUUUGCGACCCUUGUGGAUGCGGCUCUUCCAUUGUGUCUUCGGUGGGAACACAACACCUGCUCACUCGACAUUUCGUCACUUCUUGGUGCCAACCUUGCACGCUUCCGUAAAUUUCUUCGAGCUACUUACGAACCGAUGGUGGAGCAAGGGUUGCCGUUAUUAGAGCUCCGUUUUUUUUUGCUACUCGAUGAGAGCGGCAACCCCUUGCCAGACUCGGACAAAUGGAUCCAGGAGCUGUCUUCAGGCCCUGUCAGCAAUUAA